UGAAGGUCGAGUUUGUAACUUAACCUAAGCGCAACCUCUCACUUCAAAUAAAAAGUCUUUUUUUCUUUUUUUGUUGUUCAUAUUUUACCCGUACAAGGAUUUUUUUAUUAAAAAAGGAAGGGCUGUUCAGUGUACGAAAUGACGGCUUUGGCUCCCUUGAGAAGUUUGAGAGCGAAGGCGGCAUUAUCAUCUUGCAGAGGUGGGGUACUUUGCUUUAACAAACCAUACAAUUCAAAAUUUUUGAGGAGGAGUAUUAAAACUGUUCCUUCUAACUGCAAUACACGCUUUGCUGAAAAUGCGCGUGCAAGCUCUACAACUGCAGCUACCGCUACCCCCAAUGCUGUAAAAUACGAAAGCGCCUACGUUGGGAAAACUGGUGGUGAAAUCUUUCAUGACAUGAUGCUAAAAAAUAACGUGAAGCAUGUUUUUGGAUAUCCAGGAGGUGCUAUUUUGCCAGUUUUUGAUGCCAUUUACCGCUCUCCUCACUUUGAGUUUAUCCUUCCAAGACACGAGCAAGGUGCUGGCCAUGCUGCUCAGGCUUAUUCUCGUGUUACAAGAUUGCCUGGUGUCGUCUUGGUUACUUCGGGUCCCGGUGCCACCAACGUAGUUACGCCUAUGGCGGAUGCUUUAAUGGAUGGUACUCCUUUGGUUGUUUUCAGUGGUCAGGUCGCUACUUCUUCCAUUGGCAGUGAUGCUUUCCAAGAAGCCGAUAUGAUUGGUAUUUCUCGUUCUUGCACUAAGUGGAAUGUUAUGGUUAAGGAUAUCGCUGAUCUUCCUCGUCGUAUAGAUGAAGCUUUUGAAAUUGCCACGUCUGGUCGUCCCGGUCCUGUUUUGGUUGAUUUACCAAAAGACGUUACUGCUGGCGUUUUGAGAGAACCCAUCCCUGUGACAUCUUCUGUUCCUUCAUUGAAUCGCAGAAUGAGAGAAGUUUUGGAAUUCGGAAAUAAAAAUGUGGAAGCUAAGAUUCAACGUGUUUCUACGUUGUUACAGCGUGCUAAAAAGCCCGUAAUUUUCUGCGGACAAGGUGCUACUUAUAAUUCUGAGGCCCCCAAGUUGCUCCGUGAAUUCAGUGAACGUUUCCAAAUUCCAGUUACUACCUCUUUGCUCGGUUUGGGUGCUUAUGAUGAACGUAGUGACCUUAGCUUGCAUAUGCUUGGUAUGCAUGGAAGUGGUUAUGCUAACAUGGCUAUGCAAGAAGCUGAUAUGAUCAUCGCUCUUGGUGCACGCUUUGAUGACCGUGUAACCGGUAAUGUUGCUCUGUUUGCACCUGAAGCCAAGCGUGCUGGUGCCGAAGAACGUGGUGGUAUUAUUCAUUUUGAUAUCUCUCCCAAGAAUAUUGGAAAAGUUGUUCAACCUACCGAAGCUAUUGAAGGCGACCUCUUUGAGUCUCUUAAAUUACUUAACGAAGCUAUGCCUAAUAUCAACCUUGAUUCUCGUGUCGAAUGGUUGUCUCAAAUCCAAGCUUGGAAGCAACGUUUCCCAUUCACCUUUACCCCCAGUGCUCCCGGUGAAUUACCUAAACCCCAAGAAGUUAUUCAAGAACUUGACAAGCAAACUGUCGAUAUCAAAGACAACGUGACCAUUACCACAGGCGUUGGUGCUCAUCAAAUGUGGGCUGCUACCUUCUAUCGCUGGACGAAGCCUCGUGCUUUAGUUACUUCUGGUGGUCUUGGUACCAUGGGUUAUGGCUUGCCGGCCGCUAUUGGAGCUAGUGUCGCUAAUCCUGAUGAUAUUGUUAUUGACAUUGAUGGUGAUGCUUCGUUCUCUAUGACUGGUAUGGAACUGGCUACUGUCCGUCAGCAUGACAUUCCUGUUAAAAUCUUGCUCCUUAAUAACGAGGAACAAGGUAUGGUCACUCAAUGGCAAAAUCUAUUUUACGAAAAACGCUAUUCUCAUACUCAUCAAAAGAAUCCUAACUUUACUAAAUUGGCUGAAUCCAUGGGACUUAAGGCUUUGCGUGUUGAAAAGAAGGAGGAUCUUGCCUCAAACAUGAAGGAGUUUAUAGAAACUAAGGGACCUGUUCUUAUGGAAGUGUUAGUUGCUAAGAAGGAGCAUGUUUAUCCAUUUGUUCCUGGUGGUAAAGCUCUUCAUCAAUUUAUUGUUCACAAGAGUCUAUCUUAAGCACAAGAAUGAAUUUACUGAAAAUUAAAAAAUUGCAUUACUCAGGAAUUUUAUAACGUACUAUUAUUUUUUAUUAUUUCUUAUUGUUUCUUGAUUUAUUCUGAAACCGGUGAUAUUGGGUUUAUCAUCAUGGAUAAUUCGUUUUGGGCUUUCCUUUUUUGUCAUAUGGUAAUUACUUUAGUUUAUUUUGUUUGUACCCAGUUAUAGGUCAAUUGAAAAAGGUUAGUAAGCCAAAAAUGUCUGGCAGAUAUAAGACUAUAUGUAUGGAUGUAUCAAUCAAAUGUAUAGUACAUAAUUAUUAAGUGAUUUAUCAGUCU